AUGGGCUGGAAGGUGCUGCGUGCGGUCCGCGAUGCCGAGAUGGUAUCCACAGCGCUACAGCAUCUAAACGACACGGGUCUCAAGUACCGCUGGUCGGACCUGGGUCCUGAGGGAUGCUUCUUCGCGCUGCCCUUUGGCGAUGUGCCCUCGCAGCCAACGCCAGAGAAGGAUCACAAGCCCAGUGCGACUGAGAUGCUCCUGCGCGAGGAAGGCUGGACCGUCCUCGCGACGUACUCUCGUCCACAGGCGCAGGACUAUGCCACAACGUUGGGUAUCCUUGCACAGCACCACCUGAUCUUGUGGAAGCAAGUGGAGGACAAUGGAUGCUUCCUGCUCGCUGCGCGGCUACCUAAGGAGAGCGCAUCCGAAGUCCCCCAGGGUGUAAACUCCGCUACUGACCCCGCCGUCGAGACUGUCGUUACGGAGGAAGACGCUAUGCUGGAAAGCUACUACCGCUCCCAAAACUAUGUGCUCGUUAGGAUCUCUUAUCGCUUUCAUUACAAGCUCUGCAGCGGCCUCGAUGGCCUUCGAGAGCGGGGCAUGCAUAUCCGGUACACCCGCCUGACAGCCCCAUACAAUGCCGGACCCGACACGGAGUGUGUCGUUGCCGUGCACUGCGGUCCGUUUAAGGAGCCGAAGUACGGCGGCCGCAAGAGUGAACGGGAUGCCGCGCUCCGCAAGGAUGGCUGGGCGGUGCUCGUCACUUUCUCGCCCGAGCAAGCAGCAAACGUACGAAAGACGCUCGAGCGGAUGCAUGCACAUGGAGUGCCGCUAGAGUGGAGGUACAGCGAGGAGGGCAAGUGGGGGACCCACAUCCACGCCAGGUGUAACUGGCCUAUCGUUGAUGAUGAGCGCCACGAAGGCGAUGACGCGAUUAUUGUGGCCUCGGCCGCCGACGACGACGCAGUGCGCCACGGUAUCUGCCAAGGGCUGAGGGACCUCGACUCUGCCGGCAUGGGCAUGCAAUGGCGCUUGCGCGACGGCGUGAUUACCGUGUCGCCAUGGGACGCCUUCUAA